UCUAGGCUCUGUGUCAACCAUCUUCGCGACAGCCGCAGAAAGCAACUGUACCAACCAAAUUACUAUCUCGCCGAAUCACGUGUUAAUAUUUACUUUGCCUUACCGGCAGCCAUUGUACAAAGUAAGAAAACACCACAUUGCAGCAAGUUUUUGGAUAUUUAAUAGCUCUUACCCGCCCUUUUAUGUAUACACACAUAUAUUUGUAAAUAUAAUUAAAAAUAAAUAAAAUGCAAGACCAAUUAAAAGAACUGGCAAUAGCCUUAUACGAUAUUGGUGCUGUAAAAUUUGGUGAAUUUAUUACUAAAGUUGGUCUAAAGACACCUGUAUAUUUUGAUUUGCGUGUUAUGAUAGCAUUUCCUCAAAUAAUGUCUAAAUUAUCGAAAGCUCUUUGGCAAUUAUCAAAUACUCAAAUCGAUACAACUCAACUUUGUGGAGUACCUUAUACUGCUCUUCCAUUAGCUACUUUGAUUUCAACAGAAUACAAUAUUCCAAUGUUGAUAAAGAGAAAAGAAGCUAAGAACUAUGGUACAAAAAAGCUUAUAGAAGGUAAUUUUAAGUCAGGUGACCACUGCAUAAUAAUUGAAGAUGUAAUUACUAGUGGAAGUAGCGUUUUAGAAACUGUAAACGCUUUAAAAGAGGAGGGUUUAAUUGUAACAGAAGUUUUAGUAGUAAUUGAUAGGGAACAGGGUGGAAGAAAAAAUCUUGAGGAUAAAGGAAUAAAAGUGCGAAGUCUUUAUGAUGUAACUCUGUUAAUGAAUUAUUUGUUGGAUUAUGGUAAAGUUACACAAGAAAUUGUAAAAGAUGUAGCAAGUUAUUUAAAAUCUUGUCAAACAUCUUUUGCCUCUUUGACGGAAAAUGUAGUGAACAAAAGAUUGGAAACACCAUUUAGCAUACGUGCAAAUCAAACCAAGAAUGCAGUGGCUUUUAAAUUGUUUCAACUAAUGGAAGCAAAACAAUCCACUUUGUGUUUGGCAGCUGAUUUGACAAAAACAAAUUCUAUUUUAGAAUUGAUUGAACUCGCUGGACCACAUAUUGUGAUUUUAAAAAUACAUGUGGACAUUAUAGAAGAUUUUUCUUCCAACUUUGUAAAACGUUUAAAGGAACUAGCGAAAGAAAAUGAAUUUUUAAUUAUGGAAGAUAGAAAAUUUGCAGAUAUUGGUAAUACAGUUUUAUUACAAUAUAAAAAGGGAAUAUAUAAAAUAGCAGAAUGGGCUGAUAUUAUCACAGUACAUCCAGUUGCUGGACCUGCUAUUAUAGACGGUUUGCAAAGUGCCUUAAAUGGAAUUACUGAACCUCGCGCUAUAUUUUUGGUAGCUGAAAUGUCUGCAAAGAAUGCUUUAACUACUGGGGAUUAUGUACAAAAGGCAUUGUCGAUUUCUAAAGAAUCAGAUAUGGUGAUUGGUCUGGUAUGCCAAUCAAAUAUUAUUUCAGAUUUAGGAAUGCUUCAAUUAACACCUGGUGUUAAAUUAUACAACAAUUGUGAUAACUUAGGUCAACAGUACAAUACACCUGAAUCAGUUGUUAAUUCGGGAGCUGAUGUAGCUGUUGUUGGUAGAGGUAUUAUCGAAGCAACAGAUCAAUUAGCUACUGUAUUAGAAUAUAAAAAACAACUUUGGACAGCUUAUAAGAAAAGAUUGUUGAGAUAAGUAAAGUGUAAUUUAUAUAUAUAUAUAAGAAUUUUUCUAUUGAAUAUGAUACUAUAAGCAUAAUUAUAUUAAUA